AGAAGAAGAGGAAGAUGUUUGAGUUGAGGCUGGUUCAGGGGAGCCUUCUGAAGAAGGUUCUAGAGGCGAUCAAGGACCUGGUCAACGAUGCCAACUUCGACUGCUCUGCCAGCGGAUUCUCUCUCCAGGCCAUGGAUCCCAGCCACGUGGCCCUUGUGGCUAUGCUCCUCAGACCGGAUGGCUUCGAGCACUACCGCUGCGAUCGGAACAUCUCUAUGGGCAUGAACCUCAAUAACAUGUCCAAGAUUCUGAAGUGCGGCGGGAAUGAUGACAUCAUCACCAUCAGGGCCGAUGACGGCAGUGAUACUGUCACCUUCAUGUUUGAAAGCCCUAAUGGGAGUGCUAAUUUUGAGAUGAACCUGAUGGACAUUGAUAGCGAGCACCAUGGGAUUGAUGAAUCAAAAUACUGCGCUGUUGUUCGGAUGCCUUCGUCUGAGUUCCAAAGGAUUUGUAAAGUUCUUAGUAGCAUUGGUGACACAGUUGUCAUCUCUGUGACAAACGAGGGUGUGCAGUUCUCGACACGAGGUGAUAUUGGAACUGCAAACAUUGUUUGCAGGCAGAAUAUUAAUGUGGACAAGCCGGAGGAAUCAACAGUGAUAGAGAUGAGUCAACCAGUUUCAUCGCAAUUUCCACUGAGAUACAUGAACUCCUUCACAAAAGCAACUCCAUUAUCAAACACGGUUACAAUCAGCUUGACCUCAGAGUUGCUUUUGGCGGUUGAGUACACAAUUGCAGAGAUGGGUUAUAUCAGGUUCUACUUGGCACCCAAGAUAGAAGACUUAGCCGAAGCCCUAGGUCUAGAAUAG